UUCUAUUUGGUAUCUACAUACUUUUGAGAAGUUUCAAGCUUUCUUUCUUGGAUAUUAUAUGUUAUUUUUAUGAAAAAGUGUUUUUAGUUUGUUUAAAGUUUCAACUUUUUCAAUUUGGCAACUUUGUUUUAUUUGGCAUCAUAAGGGACAAUUGUUGAUCGAAGUGAGGAAUGUUGGCUCUUUUUAAUCACACAUUUUGAUGGUCCUAUCUUCCUAGACUUUUCAUCCAAAUGGUAUGUUUUGGCUUUGUUUUGUAAUUGGUUUUCAGAUGCUGGGAAGUCAACAAUUGGAGGACAGGCUCUUCCUUGGUGUUCAGGUUUCCAAAAAUAUGAGAGAGAAGCGAAAGACAAAAGUAGAAAGCUGGUAUGUGGCAUAUAUUAUGGACUCUAAUGCAGAGGAGAGAAUUAAGGGUCACAAGAGUUAUGUCCCAAAUAUGAUCAGUGGAGCAGCUCAAGCAGAUAUUGGUGUUCUGGUUAUUUCUGCCCAUAAAGGGGAAUUCGAAACUGGAUAUGAGAAGGGUGGGCAAACCUGUGAACAUGUUCAGCUUGCAAAAACUAUGGGCUUAUCUAAGCUGUUCAUGGUUGUGAACAAAAUGGAUGAUCCCACUGUUAACUGGUCAAAAGAAAGAUGUCCAGUUUCUACCUAUAUCUGGUCUUCUUGGCUCCAAAUUAAAAUUUUUCUACCUAUACCUGGUCUUCUUGGUUCCAGCAUAAAACGAGACUGGACAAGAGCAUAUGCCCCUGGUGGAAUGGCCCUGCCUCUUUGAAGUUCUUGAUGCAGCUGAAAUUCCUCCUAGAGAUCCAAAAGGUCCUUCUAGGUAUGAUUUAUUAUUGUAGGAAACCAUACAACUCUAGGAAGAAAAUAUAAUUGUAUAACUAUACCCUUUUUCCUUUUGUCAUAGAAAAGGCUACAUAGUGACUUAUAAGUACUCUGACUAUUUCUUGAGUCCCUAUGACUUUGAUUCCAAACAUAAGAUAAGUAAAUAACUGGGUAGGAUUCUUGGAAAAUAAGACCUAAAAAACUAACUCCUAAAGAUCCUAGAAUGACCGAAAUGUGCCCAAAUUAUAUUUUACAAAGAAAACCUAAAUCAUGAAACUGAAAUUAUAUUAAGUAAUAAAAUAGAACCCUAAAUUGCUAAAAUUAAAGUUGCUCAAUGUAGAUUCUGAAUUAUCAAGGCUGUAUCAAUCUUUGAUUUCACAUCUAUUAACUAUAUGUUUUGUAAAUAUAAAGGCUAAAUAUAAAGGAUGCCUAUAAUUGACAAAUUUAAAGACAUGGGAACUGUUGUAAUGGGAAAGGUUGAAUCUGAUACCAUGCGUGAGGGUGAUUCCUAAUUGGUCAUGCCAAACAAGGCUCAAGUGAAAGUUCGUGUGAUUUACUGUGAUGAAGAUAAGGCUAUACGUGCUGGACCUAGUGAAAAUCUGCAGGUUAAGUUAUCUGGAAUUGAAGAAGAGAACGUAUUAUCUGGUUUUGUCUUGUGUAGUGUUGGUAAGUGCUUUAAAGAUUGUAAAAACUGAACGUUCUCACGUUUGAUCCCCUAAAGAGGAAAUUAGAUUAUAGAAAGUGGAGUUAAAAGGUAAAUAGUAGGAUAAUUUACAAAUUUGUUUGCAGAAAUAUUUCCAUUCUUUUGUAGUUUUUGAUAGCAAUGCUGGGAGAUCUUGGCCUCACCAUCCCUUUCUAUACUUAUUUUUUAAUUUUGAUUCUGAUGUGUUAUUUGUGAUUUUGUUUUAAAUCUUGCUGAAUUAUAUCCCCCCUUUUUUUUUCUUUUUUACUCAGCAAAACCAAUACCAACAGUCACUGAAUUUACAGCCCAGCUGCAGAUCCUUGAGUUGCUUGACAAUGCAAUAUUUACAGCUGGGAGCUCUCUUGCACAUUCAUUCUGUUGUUGAGGAAUGUGAGAUUGUUGAGCUGCUACAACAAAUUGAUCUCAAGACAAGAAACCCAUGAAAAAGAAGGUUCUAUUUGUUAAGAGUGGUGCUGUUGUUGUUUGCCGCAUGCAGGGGAACAACUUGAUUUGUGUUUGAGAGAUUCCCAGAUUUUGCACAACUUGGAAGGUUUACUCUUCGAACUGAAGGAAAAACAGUUGCAGUGGGAAAAGUCAUGGACAUUCCUUCAAGUGCCAGUGCAUAAAAAGGUUU